CUGCCACGGCGGGUGAUGCAUUGUUUGGCAGAGUGUCGGGUGUGUCCUGCCUCGCCGAUCGCAGGGCCAAGGGUGCAGUGCUACCUUCCUGCCGCUGCAGCUUCACGUUGAAGUUGAGUGAGACAGGUAUCAGGGCCCAGCUUGUGUCCGGCUUCAGGUGGCCAUUGGAACCAGUCCCCCGCCGAGUGCUUCAACCGAGACAGGUUCCUUUUCUGCGAGGCGCCGCGAUGGACACACUCUGCGCUGCUCCGUAGACAGAGGCAUUUAGCGAGAGCCUGGGAAGAAUCGGCUUCCUUGUACCUUCCUGCUGGAGGCCAGUGUGGGAAGCUGAGCACCACACCCAUUUACAAUGACGAGUGAAGACAAAGUUGCCAUCCUUUCUGACGAUGAAGAGGAACAGAAGAGGAAAUAUAUUCUUGCCGAGCCUUUCAACACACUAUCGGCUGAAGCAAGGAAUGAAUCAUCUCUUACUCCUGCCCACUUAGCAACAGAGACAACAGAAGCAGAUGAACCAGAUUGGUUGGAGAAGCAUUGUGUAAAAAUUAGUAAUGAGCUUCUUGUUUCCAAAGUGUUCUACUUCUUCUUUUAUUCUGGCUAUGGAUCAUUAAUCCCAUUGUUGCCAGUAUAUUACAAACAGCUUGGCAUGCUGGCCAGCCAAAAUGGACUCCUGGUGGGAAUACGGUAUUUUAUAGAAUUCUGCAGUGCGCCUUUCUGGGGAGUAAUUGCGGAUCGAUUUAGGAAAGGGAAGAUUGUCCUUCUCUUUUCAGUUACGUGUUGGAUUGUAUUUAACCUUGGAAUUGGUUUUGUGAAACCUGCCACAAUGAAAUGCGAAUCGAGAAAGCCAGUGCUGACCACAGUGGCUCCAAAUACAACGAUUCCCUUGGUAUUAUCCACGGCUAUACCUACAAACCAGUCCAUUCAAAACAACUCCAACAAGAGAGAUAUUUCAGCAAAUCAGCCUUUCAAAUAUUUGGGGAACCUCGGUUUUUCUUCCCCCUCGUUCAAUGCAAACCCUGCCCAGAUCUUGCAGGAAAGAUCUGUUUCAGAUACUGACAAUUUGACAGCAACAGCCAAUCCAAACGGCACGUUACACACUACAGUAGCCAGUAGCACAUCUGCCACAACAGUGAAGGCAGACAAGCAGCUCACUUAUGACUUGAGAGAAGUUGAAAAUAUAUUCCUGCUCAUUUUGUUGGUUGUUAUCAUAGGAGAGUUCUUCAGUGCCCCGGCAGUCACUAUUGUGGACACGGUUACCCUACAAUAUCUUGGCAAACACAGAGACCGCUAUGGGUUGCAGCGGAUGUGGGGUUCCCUGGGAUGGGGCAUUACCAUGCUGGCAGUAGGCAUCUCAAUUGAUCACACUCACAUUGACGUUUUCAUACAAGGCGAAGGCUGCGAAAUCAUGGAUUACAAGAACUACAGAAUAACAUUUAUUGUUUUUGGCAUCUUGAUGUCUAUAGCGUUGAUUGUAUCAACCCAAUUCAGAUUUGAUUACAGUCAUUUAAAAACUGAAGAGAACCAAGGAGAAGAUAGUAUUGAAAUUCAGCAAGUGGCUCAGAGUUCUUCGCUGGAUAAUUCUGAAGCUAACAAUUGUGCACAACACUCCAAGAAGAAAAGGAAAAAGACAUUUGAAUUUAAAUGGCUGCUGAGAAUGAUUUGCAGUGUGCAGUAUGGCUCUGUGCUAUUUGUAGCCUGGUUCAUGGGAUUUGGUUACGGCUUUGUCUUCACAUUCCUCUACUGGCAUUUGGAAGACUUGAAUGGCACAAUAACACUCUUUGGAAUCUGCUCAGUCCUCAGCCACAUCUCAGAACUGACUGCCUAUUUCCUGAGCCACAAGCUGAUUGAACUGGUGGGUCACAUUAGGGUACUCUACAUUGGCCUGGCCUGUAACACAGCUCGUUAUUUGUAUAUCUCGUAUGUGGAAAACCCAUGGUAUGUUCUUCCCAUGGAGGUAUUGCAAGGUGUUACCCAUGCAGCAGUGUGGGCUGCAUGCAUCUCCUAUCUGAGUGCAGCUGUUCCUCCUGCGUUAAGAACAUCUACUCAAGGAAUUCUACAAGGGCUCCAUUUGGGUUUGGGCCGAGGCUGUGGUGCUAUGAUGGGAGGAGUAAUGGUGAACGCCUUUGGUGCUCAACAAACAUUCCGUGGCAUUGGAAUGGCCUCCUUGGUGAUUCUCCUACUUUUUGCCUUAAUUCAGUGGCUGGCAGUGCCUGAUGAAGAUGAAGAAAAGAAGAUGCUGGCAGAACGGAUUCCAGUUCCAUCUAGCCCUGUUCCCAUAGCGACCAUCGAUCUCGUACAACAUCACUCGGAUAGCAUUGUGCCCCACCUUGAAAGUAAACUCCCUCUAAAAAAGACCAAGUACCAAGAGGAGCAGGAAGAUGUUACAAAACCAGCCUGGGCCAUCAGUUCAUCACCUUGGGUCACUGUCGUGUUCGCCCUUUAUCAGGUUAUGGAGAUGGCAAAGAUCGCAAAGUCAAAUUCAGUUAUUCAGCAUCAUAUUCUACAGGAGGCUAACGACACCCCAGUAUCUCCGGACCCUUGGCCAUUAGGAGUCUCAGCACAGUCUGAAACUUCAUCUGCUGGCAGCAAGCAAGCAAAGACACAAGUCCCCGUCGCUACCUCUAAUCUGGAUGAGAUGGACAGCACAAACCAAGAGAAAGGGGUCAUCCAGCCAGAGGUGCCCAGGAACUUUAUCCCCUUACCAGGAAAUGGAAACCCAAAUAUUAGCCCAACUUCCCCUCACCAAACAAGUGCCCAACCAAGUCAGAAAGACGUUUCUUGAUUAAGCUUAAGGAUCACAAAGCACUUCAUUUAACAGCAAUGUAUUCGGCCUUCUCUGGUGGACUUUAAAACGAAAACAAGGCAGAGGAAAAAUGUUCGAGAAUGUAUUGUUUUCACAGUAUGCCCUCAUUAUCGAUACGCCACUAAUGGCUAAUAACGUAUAUUUCAGAAAUGACAAGGUACUACCAUGAUUUAUUUAUGUAUUUGGAAUAUUAAUAGCAGAUGCAAGUGCCUGUUCAUAUACAAAGGACAUAUGAAAGUCUAUCCAAAAUGCUCAAUGUUUGCCUCAAUUUUUUCAAAACCUGUAUUGAGCUCUCACAAUAUAUUAAUUCAGGAUGAAACAAGCAUUGCACUUACAAACCAAGAUGUCAUUACAAUAGACAAAACUGUGCACCCAGGAAACAAAUUGUCACAGUGAAAGUUUUUAUUUAAACAUCUCAUUCAGCUCUGAAUGAAAAUGUAAAAAAAAAAACUGGAGCCUAUGUGAAUGUCUUGCCAUUUUGGAGCAGGGAUGCUGCUUGGUGUUCAGAGUAUAUCUGUCAAAAUGAUUUUGGUUAUCCCUUAAGUAUGUGCCCGAGAUGCUGAUCAAAGGAAGCUGCCACCUUUUAACGAGCUAGGUAAUAUCUAUAUUUCAACCUAAACGAUGGUAAUAUGGAUUAGGAAUACACCUGUGCCGUUUUUCACUUAAAAUAUUUAAUGUAUCAUUUCAAAAUUUCUAGUGUUCAGUUCUGGGUGCUCUGAAUCCAAUUUGCUGUUUAAAUAUUCUGAGGACAGUCAUCUUCCAGUUUCAGUGGCAAGCUUAGGUUUAGAAUUUUCUCUGGUAUUUAAUGAAGAAUCAACAAUAGGUGUAAGCUAGAUAUUUCAAUUUAAAAGUUUGCCAAAACUAAAGCAGGCUACAUCACCUGCUUCUCUCACACUCGGACACAAAGUAAAUUGUGGAAUUCUUUGCCACAGAAGGCUGUGGAGGCCAAGUCAGUGGAUAUUUUUAACGGAGAUAGAUAGAUUUGUGAUUAGUACGAGUGUCAGAGGUUAUGGGGAGAGGCAGGAGAAUGGGGUUCGGAGGGAGAGAUGGAUCAACCAUGAUUGAAUGGCGGAGUAGACUUGAUGGGCCAAAUGGCCUAAUUCUACUCCUAUUCCUUAUGACCUUAAAUUACAAGUUAAACAUUUCAAAAGAUCCAUUUAUCUCUGAGGCAAAGAAAGAAGAAAAAAAAAUAGCGGCCUGGAUUUUGAAGUUGACAGCAUUCAGACCUAGGACUCAUUGCUGAUAUUGAGAGAAUUUGUCCACAAAGAUAUGCUGUACACUUUUCAGACAUUAGUUGCCUUCAGAAAAGGGAUCCUUGAAAUCCAGUGGCUGACUAGCCGAAUCACAUUACAAUAAUUCUCAAGAACAAAAAGGAAAUAUUUAACAUUUUACAGUACUAAAUAAUGAAACAUCAUAAGAGGCAGACAUUAAAAUGUCAUAAAUAAACUUUAUUGAAAAAAUAAAAUAAAAAUUAUUUAUGAUAUUGAUGAGAGAAUUACAAUUACAAAUAAUCUACAAAAUCAGAUAUUGUAUGGAUGGGUUCACUAAGCAGUAACUGUGGUUUAAUGUUCUCUUACUGACCAUGAGACCUCAUGCAACAAUGCAGGCUAGUUUUUGAUUAUUUUACUGCAAGAUCUCAUUUUAAAUUUUAAUACUUAAAACUUUCAUCAAUUCAGUUAAUUUCCUUGAUUACACAGCACCUGGAGUGAAAUAUGACACAAAUUUAGUGAUUUUUACAUUAACAAUAUUCAGACACGCAUAUCUUUUCACUGUCAGUUUUCCAAUGCAAGGCAAGUGGAAUCGUGCCACAAAAUUUAGGCCAUUAACAUUGAGUUGCAAAUUAUGCACAGGUUACUCCAUAACACAAAGAUUCCGUUUCUAAAGUUUGCAUCUCUUUGUUUAUAUUACCUAAAAGGAAUUGGAAAUUUCAUAGGCAAAUAUCUUGGAAUACAACUUUAUCAUAAAAUCUCAGCAGUAUUUUCUGCAUAUUGCUAAAGGGAAGUAGAUUUGAGUUUGAAAAUAACUCUUAAAAGGAGCAAUGAGUCAAAAUACAAACAGUAUAGUCUUGGUGGUGGGGAGGGCUGCAGGGAGAUUCAAUAUGAAGGCAACUUGAAUGUAAGAGAGGGACUUAGAUGACAAAGGAACUCAAAUGUAAUAAUUGAUAGCAGGUAGUCACGCACAUCUAGGAAAUUAAUGCAAGGGAUAUCUGAAGAAUGUUUUACGCCAGAAGGAUUAAAAAAAAACUGAACAAUUUCAUGCUCAUGGUUUGAAACCUCCUUCCUUUCAAUAAAUGGGCUUCAAAUCAUAGCGAAUUGCAAUCUGAAUGUUUGAAUGGGCAGUAAUGUGGAUUGACUCAUUAUUGCACAGAUAUAGAUAGGAUAUUGCAUUUGUACAAUUUGUAAAAUAGUUAGUGCCUUCUGUCUAUUUAAUUAACACAGUAUGUAAAAAAAAACUAAUUGAUUUUGUAGUGGCUUUUUGCGUGUUGAUAUUUUGUGAUUGUUUCUGUAGAAUUAUAAACUUAUUAAAUUGUACAGCAAUUGUGUUAGUGCUGAGAAAACAAAAUUGUUAAAUUGAUAAUUUUAUUAAUAAAAUGCUGUAUCAAAUUA